AUGUCUUCUUCCGUCUCGGAUCUUUAUAUUCGACCUGAAGGGGUACAUGUCAUCCCAAAAGAAUCUCUCGAUCUACGGCCAGAUUCAGAGAUCGAUUAUGACAUUUUGCACCCUAAGCCAAUUUCAAGUGAAAAGAAUAUUUGGUUCUUCUGGCAUAGUGGUUUUUCCAACAUGCAUCAUUAUACCCAACGAAAUGUUCGCGCCUGGCACCGGAGGUUCACAAAACAAGGUUGGACUGUCCGCGUAAUCGAUCGACAGCCAUCUUCACCUCUGAAUGUCGCAAACUUUUUGGAUGUUAACGACCUGGGUACCUUCCCUGGUGCUUUCAUAGACGGUACUAUUGGAGGCGACCACAGUCCUCAACACACAUCUGAUCUGGUCCGAUUUCCCCUCCUCCUAAAGUAUGGUGGUGUGUACGCGGAUGUGGGGAUGAUGCAAAUCGGUGAUCUAGACCGUAUGUGGCGGGAGACCAUCGAUAACGAUGCUUCUCCAUUUGAGCUUUUGUCGUAUAAUGCAGGUACGAUUGAUGAGCGCUGUCUCACGAACUACUUCUUAGCUUCAAAAAUAAACAAUCCCAUGCUUGAAAGGUCGCACAAGUUAUUGCUGGCUUUGUGGGCAGCAGAUGGCGGCAAGACAAGCACAGAGGGAAUGCAUUCUAGUCCCUUGUUGAAAGGAGUCCAAUUGAUGGGGGGUUCGUUCACUAUUGAGGAGGACGGAAAAGCCAUUUCGGCUGAAGACUGUAGCAAGCUAUUGACAGAUUACAUCAUUCAAGGACAAGUAAUGACGAUGGUACUGGGACUGGUCGAUGAAAACGACAACUGGAAUGGACCAAGAUAUUCUGCUGAGCAUGUGUACGCCAUCGAAUACAUGGAGGGCUCGCAGCUCAUCAACGAGUUCACGGCUUGGAAUGGACAAAAGGCAUUUGACUUGAUGUCACUUUCAAUUCCUCGCAACGGGGAAGCAGAGAGCCCGGAACAAAAGCAGGCAAGAGAGAUUGUGGAAGCUUGUUUGAAAAGAAGCUUUGGCUUUAAACUCGCUCAUGGUCUCAUUUUACGGGUACUUGGUGAGACUUUGGGGUCGCUGUGGAGAAAGCAUGAUGGGUCGGAUAUAGUACCUGGGACUUAUGCAGAUUGGUUGAGAUAUGGAAUGAUACAUUGGACGCAAGACGAGCUUCCACCGAGAAUGGAUUUUCAGAUCAUGGAGCCAAUUAAAAGGGGGCCUUUACUAGCAAGCAUUUAA